AUGGAAACCCCACUGAUCGAAGAGAGCCAAACUAACAGCGACCAAGACCUGCUGCAGCCGCCCGCGACAGAGACCAGAGGCGCCAACAGACACGCCUUGAAGAUCGCAGGCAUCACCACUCUGGUGUGUCUGCUGGUGUCCUGUCAGGCUUUCACUUUGUACAUGGUGAUGGGCCAGAGGCAGCAGAUCCAGACUCUGCAAGUGAGCAGCCAGAUCGCAUCAAGGCAGGCCCAAAUAGCUACAACACGAAUGAAGAUCCCCAUCGACAAGCUCCCCUUGAUGAACAUUUUUGAAGAAGACAUUUUACCACAUCUAAUUGUGGAGAAACAACUUGAGGAGUUCAUGGAUUUUAAGUUGCCUCAUUUCAAAAGUUCAUUCUUAGUCAAUCUGCAGAACAUGAAGCAGGGGGUCAAUGAGACUUUCUGGAAGGGCUUUGAAUCGUGGCUGAAGUACUGGUUGAUCUUCCAGAAGGCGCAGGCUCCCGUACCUCACCCAGAGUCCAUGACCAAGUGUCAAAUGGAAGCAUCUGUCCAAGGUCUGCUGGGCUCCUUCAGGCCUGAGUGCGAUGACCAGGGGAACUACAAACCCCUGCAGUGCUGGGGCUCCACUGGUCACUGCUGGUGUGUGGACCAAGACGGUCAGACCAUGGACAGCUCCCACACCAGCGGACGUCCCAACUGUGAUGCCGGGAACAGUUUUCCAGCGGACGAGACCUCAGGGGAUGAUUCUACAACACAGGAUCCACCAGUGAUCAACAACUGA